AUGGAGGAGAGUGCUGAGGACGGUGAUGGUGAUGAUGGUGGUGGUGGAACUGUGGACUGUGCUGAAGUGGUGACUCAUAAAACUGUUCUUGUUGCUGAUGCCGAACGUGAGAGUGAUGAUGAUGUUGUUGAACCGACCCCGAUCUCAUCUGACUGGGGAAAUUUUCUACCGAAUAGGGUGCAUAAGGUUUCACAUUCGUACUUUGGAGAAACUUAUGAAAUUACCUGCAAGCCGGCUAAUAAUAGGACUGACCACAACACGGUGCCGGAUACACUUUGCCAAACUGGUAUUGUAGAAUCUUCGGGAGCAAAGUUUACCAGAUCACCGACGCUCUCAAACCCGACCACCUUGAAAGGUGGUCGUUCAAAAGUUGUUGAUCUGGUGGAG